UAGGGUUCGAACAGGUGUCGGAGUUUAGGUUUAGGAGAUCUGUGUCUGUCGUGUGGAGAUAUAUAUAUAUAUAUAGAGAGAGAGAGAAGUUGUUUCUGUUUUCCUUGACGAAAAGGGAAUUGUUGAGUUUUGCCUAUUCCUUGGAAGGUUUUCCUGUUUGUUUAUUUGGGAGAUUACUGGUUUGGUUUUUUUUUUUUUUUUUUCUUUUUUAUAAAUAUAGGACAUAACCCUCCUCCUAUAAAAUUUAAUCUCUUCUUCAUCAUCAAGGGUCUUCGGGGGUGUCGUGUCUGCUCAACAACAAUCGCAAGAAUGUCAAUAAAAAAGCUACGCUGCUUGAGUAUAUUGGAAUCGCUUCCCCACGAUUGCGUAGAGCGUAUCCUAGAGAGACUUGAUGUGGAUUCUCUGAUGAGAUUAAAGGGUGUAUCGAAACAAUGGAAAUCAACGAUCGAAUCUCCAUUCUUCCAACGAAGACAGUUGACACAUCGUCAGCAAUCAGGUAAUCCAGAUGUUCUCAUGGUCUCUUUACAUCCUGAUGAUGAAGAUAUUGAUCACCCGAUUGUAGAAUCUCUAAGUACAUUGGUGUUGGGUUCAUCAUCAUCGGUCCAUAUCCCUACUCCUUGGGAUAUGGAUAACAUCCGAUUCUUCGUUUCCCAUAAUACCUGUGACGGUCUCGCUUGUCUCUACAUGUACCGCAAACCCGGUUUUGUGGUCAACCCAACCACUAGAUGGUAUCGGCCUCUCCCUCUCUGUAACCUACAACAACUCAUGUUCGACUUAGGAGAUAAUUUCUUCCAUACUUUCUUGGACCUUCAUUACGUGGUCUCUAAUCUUGGUUUUGGUAAAGACAAAAUCACGGGCACAUACAAGCCCGUUUGGCUAUACAACUCUUCAGAGAUUGGCCUAGACAACGCUACUACCUGCGAGGUUUUCGACUUUAGCACCAACGCUUGGAGGUCUGUUUCUCCCGCUGCUCCCUGUCGGAUUGUUGCUUGGCCCGAGCCUGUCUGUGUAGAUGGGUCGCUUCAUUGGUUCACCGAGUGCGAGGAAACCAAAAUUCUGUCCUUGGAUCUUCACACCGAAGCCUUUCAAGUCGUCUGUAAUGCUCCCUUUGCCAAUGUUCGUGCUUCCGAUAUCGUCAUGUGCGACCUCGACAACCACUUGUGCGUUUCGGAGAUGAAGUGGCCCAACCAAGUCAUAUGGUCACUCAAUUCAGCCAAUAAGACAUGGCACAAAAUGUGUUCCAUUGAUCUGACUACAAUUUCUCAAUGGUUUCGUGUUCACAAAUGCGCGCUCAUGCCACUAGCACUCUUCGAUGGGAAGAAGAAGAAGCAGAAGAAGUUGUUGUUUUACGCUCGUGAGCUAAGGGAAGCACUGCUGGAACUUGAUCUCGAAACCAAUACAUAUGAUAUUCUUUUUGAUAAUUACUCCAUUGGUUUUCCUGUUUGUUAUUUCCAGAGUUUAAUCUCUAUUUCAUAAAAAAAAAAUAUAUAUCUUUGUUACUAUUUCUAUAUGCAUCAUAAGUCUUGUCAGUCAAUCAUUGGAUCAUAUUAUGGUGUGUAAUCUUUGCUUCUUUCUUCAACCUUUUCUCUAUCCCAAGUUGUUUGCUCUGCAUGUCCUAAAAAUAUACUACAUGAUUAUGAUCCACAACCUUUUAGAAUUCAAAAUCCCAUAUAUACUUCGUGAGAGGAGUGGACGAGAGAAUAGUUUAGACUUUAGAGUUAUCCGGGAAAAAGAGGUGAAGAAUAUAAUUUCGGAUUUAGAUUUUAGAUAGUGAGAUCUUUGACUUCAUUUCUGAUUUAGUUAUGUUUGUGCCAACUCUUUUUUGGUGGCCAAAUUUUGUUAUUACUAAUUUUUAUAUUUUUCUCUUCUUUUUUUGUGAUUAUCAGAUAAUUUACAGGUGAAAAUUAAACAAAAUAAUCAGAGAGUUGCAAUCGUAUACUAAGAAAAAUCGAAGAACAAGCGUAGGAGUCAGUCAUAUCCACACUGAUGAGUCUCGAGUUGCUGCUGUGAUCUGUGUGUUUUCUGCGAUUUUAAAGUAAAAUCAUCGUUUCAUGGUAACAGAAGCUCCUCGUUCGAAACGUCAUUCCACUGCCUACCUGACGAGAAAAUCCGCCGUUUCUGAAGUUCAACGCUCCCUCCGAUUUUCUCUCCUCUCUGCAGAGGUGGUUACUAUUUAUCACCGAAAUUUAUCUUCAAUUCUGCUUAAUCAAUCAUCAUGUGAUUGUCUCCAGUUGUCAUGAUGUUACUGUUCCUCUCAAGGUUCAAGACUUGAAUGUGAUUUUGCGUGAUUUCGGAAUCUCCGGAAGAUUGCAGGAUCUUAUACAGUGUUUCAACUUACAGCAGUUGCAUCAAGUUUGUGGGGGCUAAAAAUGUCUCCAAGGCACUGGAGAUAUACCACAGCAUUCCAGACGAGUCA